AUGGGCUGCUCCUGGUCGCGAUCCGAGCAGGUGGAUUCCAGUGCCACGCCCAAUGCCCUGCAGGCGGGCAUUCCCGCCCAGCGCCAACAGAGGAGGCGGCGCCAAGAGGAGAAGCAUCUCCGCCAGCUGCAGAAGCUCCAAAAGCGUAACGCGCGUAAACGUCGCCGAAAGAAGGGCGCAGGAUCUGGAUCUGCCAGCGCCGGAGGAUCUUUCCUCGGUCGUGGUGGAUCGAUUCACAGACGACACAUCAACGGAAAAAGCCAUCCUGAUCUCGCCCUGCAACUGCGUCUACUGGGCGGCAGCAAUGGAAGCACGGCCACCGAAUGUGUCAGUGCCCUGUAUGCCAGAACAUUGGAGCAGCAGCGCGAGGAGUUCCAGCGGACCGUGGAGCAGAGGACCCUACACCAAUUGGACCGCGAACUGCACACCUUCCUGCUGAACCAAUUGCUUCUGGGUAUCCAGUUCUUUGGGCACUUCGAGGCCGAGAUGGCCGUGGUCGAUGCCCAAAUCGUGGCCAGGCGACGCAACUGCUCCGCCGAAAAGCUGGCCGAGCACAGCUUGCUCCAAAGUAGCGCCAUCGAUGCAGCUGUCGCCAGGAACCUGCUCUUCAAGCCGCCAUCUUCGAAGAGUCCACCACAGCUGCUGCAGAAACCCGUGACCUAUGUGGUCUUUGAGAACGUUGACGUGGCGCGACCCCACGAUGCCAACUACGACACCGUGGCGGCACUGUGCAAGGUGCUCCUGGAGACGGACUACUACCGGACCACGCCCUGCCCCUCGGAGCUAGUCAACUUGAUGGAGAUGACCAGGUGGAUGGGCUAUGUUCGCCUCAAGCUGCGCGACCAAUUGCCGCAUCCGCAGGCGGGCACGCCCACUAGCUCCAGCUUAUCUUUGCCGGCCAGCAGCGAUGAGGAAUGCAUCUACGGUGAUGUGGGAUCCUCCGCAUCCAACUCCCCAUCCUCGGGCUACAGUUCGGGGGACUACGAUUAUGUCUACUUGGCCAGGUUGAAUACUCCGCGACCGCUGGAGGAGCUGCGAUUUGAUCGCGAUUUCAAUUUCCAGAGGAAUGUCCUACCUGGGAAUUGCAUUCGCCGUUUGGCCAAUUGUCUGCCUCCUUGGCUAGAGCAAACCGACGACGAGGAGUCAUCCUCCGCCGCCUCCAGCAGUGACGAGGACGAGAAGGAUGAGGCGAAUUCCGAUAAUCGCAAAUAUCCACCGGCUGGCUAUGAAACGGUGGAGGUGCUUCGCCAGUGUCAUGUGGAGCAACUGCAGCAGUGCUACCUCAGUUCGCAGCAGUUCAUGUUGUACUUUGGAGAGGUGCUGCGUCAUCAUUUGGCUAACCAAUUGGGCAUCAGCCAAUCGCAGCUGGCCGCGUGUUCGUAUCGCGGCUGUAGUGUAUAUACCGCUCGCGAGGAGCUGGUGCCCGCCAUUCAUGUGCCCAAUUCCUGGCCGGAUUGCGCCUUCGAGUUUUGGCUGAGGGCUCGUCCUCGUUUGACCAACCUCCAUACUGCCGAACAAUUCCAAUGGCCAACGGAGCAGAUGAAAAAACGUAUUCGAUCCAUGGGCUUCCAUGUUGUACCAGUGGGCUAUGCACCAAAGCGUUCGCGAAAUCCCUUCAGGGAACUGGAAUGGCGCAUUGUCUUUCCCCAGGCGGAACAGUUUCUCGAGCGGCACUGCCUGACGCCCAUGCAAUUGAAGGUGUUCCAACUAAUGAAGCUGCUGGUCAAAACCUUUGUGGACGAAUCAACCACAUCCUGUGACCAAUCCCCGGGAGCUUUGCUCGAACAGCUGAGAGCCCAUAUGUUUUGGCAAUGUGAGCAGCACAGCAAUGAUUGGCCAGAGGAGUUUCUGGGCGAGCGAUUGGUUCGAUUCAUUCGCUCCUUCGACGCCUGUUUGGCCAAGAAACACCUGAGCGACUACUUCAUUGAGCGGCGCAAUCUAUUCGAGCAUAUCCCAGAGGAUACGCUGAUGAAGCUGCGCAGCAUAAUGGCCGGAAUUGCGGAACAACCGCUGCUGCAUGUCAUCCAGGCACUGAGGAAUCUUCAGCACGCGCCGGAAUUCUACCCGCAACUGGAGUACAAGCGACUGUUGGAGAAUCUCUUUAGCCAGGAUUACCUGGAGCUGCACGGACGGGGCAAGUUCUCGCGUCCACGUCAGGGAUUUCCCGCUCUGCAGAACUGUGAAGAAAACAAUGGCGGGCAGCAGGUGGAAACGAAAAAAAAAACCGAAAGGACGGAGAUCACCGAUGCCAAGGGACUCUUGGGAUUGGCUCAGCACCAGGAGCGCUCGAGAGGAAAGCUGCGCAGGAAGACACAGCUCUUAAGGGCCACGACUCAGCAAUUUCAAAUCUCGGCGACGGAACAAAGACGUUGCUCGCUCGACUCCCUGGAUCGCCAAUUGCUAUUGGCACGCUCCAAUCCGGAAAGUUCCAAGAGCCAGGAAGCAGCGAAACCGCAACUGAACAACGGCUUGGAGAUCCUGCGAAGGAGCAAUCUGAUCGAACUUCUGCUGGAUCAUUCGCUGGCCAUGUUGGCUCGUGCCAUUCGGUUUGGCAACCGUGGACAUGCACAGCUUUAUCUGGAGCAUGGGCAAAGAUUGUGCCGCCUUUAUCAGCACCUCGGUUGCUCGCAGCAGGCACAGCACUUCGUCCAGGAACUACAGAACGCAGCCAGCGAUAUGGAACGCAUGUGUGAAUCGCAUAUACCAACGUCAUCGGGCGGCAGUCCCUCCACGGUGGUUGAAUCUCCGCCAGCGCCAAGGAAAUCCAUCAAGUUCCAGGAGCAUGUCGUGCAGAUACACACUCCAGAACCGCUGGCCAUGCAGAAGCAUAUGCCCCAUCUGGAAAACCAUCAGCUCAAUGGGAUUCUAAGAGCUCACCACCAAGAGGAUGCGAACGCCAUUGAACCCCUACAGGAGGAGGAGAUCAAGAGCGCGUUGCUUCGGGAAAUAGAAAGUCGCAUAGAAGAAAAACCCAAUGUCCAAAGAGAUAGAGAACCAAUAGAUUCUCCUGAAGUGGAUAGCCUUAAGCCGCAAACGGGAAUCAAAUCAAAAUCGGAGGAAACAGCCAAGGAGGAAUCAUUUCUCUCGCUAAACGGAAUCCUUCAAAGGCUCUCCCUCGACACGGAUAAGGUGCAAAUGCUGGGCAGCAAAACGGAGCAACUGGUCCAAAGAGUAGCCCCAUCCGAGGCCAAGCGGGAUGAACUCAAGGAGAUCCUCAAGCGCAACGCACAGAAGCUCAAGGGCGCAUUCAACUAGAGACACUAAAGAUAAUACUACCAUAUAGUAGCCAAAUUGCUAAAUCCCGGCGAUUAGUGAUAUAUUGAUAUAUUGAUAACAGAUAAACCAGUUGUGAUAAGGGCGGUUAGAGAUAGAGAUAGAAAUAUAUAUAUAGUUAUGGGCCAUAAUUAUUGUCCAUACCAUGUGCGCCAU